GAGCCGUCUCCGCCCGGGCGGGACACGCUCGCUGCUCGGCGGCGGGGGGCGAGCGGGGCGGGGCGGGGCCGGUCUGCACGGGGCCGCGCAGAGCCCCGGCUUCGUGGCCGCCGGUUCCCGCACCAUGACCCUCAAAGCCGAGGGAGCCGCGCUCGACUGCUUCGAGGUGACGCUGAAAUGCGAGGACGACGACGAGGCCAUGGUGGUGGCCGUGAUUCCACGGCCGGAGCCGGUGCUCCGAGUGGCCCAGCAAGAGAAGACUCCAGCGCCUCGGCCCAUGUUGCCGGAGGCCAGUGACAGCUGUGAGGAGCCCAGGCUGCCCGUGACCUGGGAGCAGGAGUUCCUGGUGGGCAGCAGCCCAGGCGGCAGCGGGCGGGCACUGUGCAUGGUGUGCGGGGCGGAGAUCCGGGCCCCCUCGGCGGACACGGCUCGCAGCCACAUCCUGGAGCAGCACCCCCACACCCUGGACCUGACCCCCGCAGAGAAGAGCAACAUCCUGGAGGCCUGGAGCGAGGGGCUGGAGCUCCUGCAGCACCACCCGGCCCAGCAGCCUUCACCCUGCCUCCCAGACCUGGGCCAGGAAGCGGCAGAGCCAGAAUCUGGAAUCCCCGACACCACUGCCAGGAUGCCCGCCGAGAUUGUGGUGCUGCUGGACUCGGAGGACAGCCCCGCGCUGGAGGAAAAUCUCACCCUCCCCAGGAGGAUCCGGCCCCGGGGUCUGCGGCCCCUUGAGCUGCCUGCCACCCCCGUCCCCGAGCCAGGAGGCAAGAAGCUCCGGAGUCAGAGGUGGAGGGGGUCCCCCGAGGAGGAGCCGGCCAGGAAGAAGAGGGCCAGAGCUGCCACCAGGAGCCUCUACCGGGACCUGGACUCCGACUCGGACUCAGACCUGGACUUGGAGCCCGCCCCCCAGCCAGACUUGGCACUGCCCGACACGGCCACCGAGACGUUCGCAGCACCCCCCGAGGUCCGGCACUUCACGGACGGCACCUUCCCCCCAGGCUUCGUCCUGCAGCUCUUCUCUCACACGCAGCUCAGGGCCGACAGCAAGGGCUCCCCCCAAGCGGGAGACGCCCCAGAAGGGGACCUCACCCAGCCCCAGAGCCCCUCUGCAGCUCCCCCUCCGGGGCUCCGCGGGACACUGGACCUGCAGGUGAUCCGCGUUCGCAUGGAGGAGCCCCCGGCCGUCAGUCUCCUGCCCGACUGGACAGCGCACCCCCAGGCGGCCAAGAGCCUGGCAUCGGGUGACCCCCACUGGUCCUCAGCUCUGUCAGAGUCCAGCACCGCCCCCACAGGGGGUCAGCCAGCGGCAGAGAGUGGCUUGUAGCUCCCCACCUGUCCUUGGGGGGGGUUGGGCAGCAUCCCUUCAGGCUUGGCGCCGAGAGCUGCCCAGCUCGCUAACCUGGCGGGGAGGGGAUCCUGGUGCCCGGCAGGGCUGAGGAGGGGUAGUAUCUACUGUGAUUUGGGGGCCCUGGCGAGGCGUGAGCCCAGGGAUUCUGAGGGCUGUGUAGAAGGGCACUGACUGGCCUGGGAGAACACCUACCUUGUCCUCUCGCCGCCCCCCCCCCCCCCCACCUUGCUGUCUCCUCUCAGCUCCCCCGUUCUCCCCUGGCACAGUGCCUUACACAGGAGGUGGGCCUGUCGGGCUUUGAGCUGUGUCCCACUACCUCGGGGGGACAUCUCUCCUCCCCCAUCUGCUUGGGUUCCUGCCAGGAGCCCCCAUUACCUCUUCCCCCUCCAUUCUUGCUGGAGAUCAAGGCAUCCUGGGGGGGGGGCAGCUCCACAUGCCUCCCCCCAGCCCCACUCCCUUCCUCACCCACGUUCAUGUUGUACAUAUCUCCUUUGUUGACAAUAAAUUAUUUUUUUUUAUCAAGA